UGCGGAGAAGGGGUCGCGAGGAGAAGGCCGCGGCGGCCGCCCUCAACGUACAAGUCGACGAGAGGAGCACAGGCUAUUGCAGAUAUGCAUGAGGAAAACAAAGCUGCAGCAAAUGGAUGUGGCAAAAUCCGAAGUGGCACUCAGAAUGAGGCUGCUUUACUUGCCCUGAUGGAGAAGACUGGGUACAGCAUGGUUCAAGAAAACGGGCAAAGAAAAUUUGGUGGUCCUCCACCAGGUUGGGAGGGUCCUCCGCCACCUCGUGGAUGUGAAGUUUUUGUGGGUAAGAUUCCACGUGAUAUGUAUGAAGAUGAACUGGUUCCUGUUUUUGAGAGAGCUGGGAAGAUCUAUGAGUUCAGGCUGAUGAUGGAAUUCAGUGGUGAGAAUCGAGGCUAUGCUUUUGUGAUGUACACUACUAAAGAGGAAGCCCAACUAGCCAUCAAGAUUCUUAAUAAUUAUGAAAUUCGUCCAGGGAAAUGUAUUGGUGUCUGUGUAAGCUUGGACAACUGCAGGCUAUUUAUUGGAGCAAUUCCGAAAGAAAAGAAGAAAGAAGAAAUACUGAGUGAAAUGAAAAAAGUUACAGAAGGAGUGGUGGAUGUCAUUGUUUAUCCAAAUGCCACUGACAAAACUAAAAAUCGUGGCUUUGCCUUUGUAGAAUAUGAAUCUCACAGAGCAGCUGCGAUGGCUAGAAGAAAGCUAAUCCCAGGAACAUUCCAGCUCUGGGGUCAUACUAUUCAAGUAGACUGGGCAGACCCUGAAAAAGAAGUUGAUGAAGAAACAAUGCAGAGAGUUAAAGUAUUGUAUGUAAGAAACUUAAUGAUAUCUACUACAGAGGACACAAUUAAAGCUGAAUUCAACAGGUUCAAGCCAGGAGUAGUUGAACGUGUAAAGAAGCUGAGAGACUAUGCUUUUGUUCAUUUUUUUCACCGAGAAGAUGCAGUUGCUGCUAUGUCUGAAAUGAAUGGAAAGUGCAUUGAUGGAGCUAGUAUUGAGGUAACGCUGGCGAAGCCAGUUAGCAAAGAAAGUACUUGGAAGCAACAUUUUAAUGGUCAGAUGAGUCCCAAUUCUGAAAAUCUCUUAGGUUUUCCAAACAAAGAAGAUGGCAAUCAAAAAUCCCUAGGGAAACCAUCAAGUCUUCCAGUUCGUCUUAAUGGUCAGCAAAGUCUGGGCCCCCCUGAAGCUGAAAGGUGCACUUACCCAUUUUUUCCAGGAAUAAAGCUUACUCCAAUUAGCAUGUAUUCUUUAAAAUUCAAUCACUUCAGUUCUGCAGCAAUGCAUCUUGAUUACUUUUGCAAUAAAAAUAACUGGACACCGCCAGAAUACUAUUUGUAUUCAACCACAAGUCAGGAUGGGAAGGUACUCUUGGUGUACAAGGUGCUUAUUCCUAGUAUUACAGGUGGUUCCCAGACUUAUUUCAUGCCAGACAAACUCUGUACAACAGUAGAAGGUGCAAAAGAAUUGGCAGCACAGUUCACACUUCUACAUCUAGCAUGA